AUGGGUGAGAGUCUGUUUGUGCUGCUUCUGCUGUCAGGGCUCUCCUGGAGCAGUUCUGCUGUUUCUCGUCAGUAUCAUUAUAUGAACCUGCGAAUGUCGCGGUCAGAUGCUCGGAGUUACUACAGAGAGAGAUUCACUGAUCUGGCUACUGUAGACACUAUGGAUGAUGUGAACAGGCUGAUAAAUUCAGUGGAUGCUGGAUACAAUGGAUCAGUGUGGAUUGGCCUGAAAAGAGGGACAGAGAAACGCUGGGUUUGGUCGAAUGGAGAAGACACAAUCGCACAGUACAAUGACUGGGGUCCAGGAGAGCCCGUCAGUGGAAAUGAUUGUGUUUUUCUUAACCGAACUUGGUUGACAGCUAAUUGUUCAGAUCUGAGGGGCUCCUUAUGCAUUGAUGAUACUGGGCAGCAGGCCAACCAUCCCAGAGUGCAGGAUCUGGUGACUGUGUCGGCAUGUCAAGAAAUGAUUCUGGGCAAUGGGCUCCAUACAGCUGUGACCUACAGCAGCCUUUUAUCUGCUAUGGAGAUAACCGAAAGGCUGAAGAGCAUGGAGCUGGAAAGUAACAGCAAAAUAAGCUGGAUAAAGAGUAAAGACGGAGAGGUGUUUCAUCAGGAAAUCAAUCACACGGAAAAAUGUCAUGCCAUGUUCAGUCAAAACCAAAACCUGGAUAUUUUAGUCAACAUAUAUCCUGGGCUCUCCUGGAGCAGUUCUGCUGUUUCUCGUCAAUAUAACUAUAUGAACCUGCGAAUGUCCUGGUCAGAUGCUCAGAAUUACUGCAGAGAGAGAUUCACUGAUCUGGCUACUGUAGACACCAUGGAUGAUGUGAACAGGCUGAUAAAUUCAGUGGAUGCUGGAUACAAUGGAUCAGUAUGGAUUGGACUUAAAAGAGGGACACAGAAACGCUGGGUUUGGUCAUUUGGAGAUGAUACAAUCGCACAGUACAAUGACUGGGGUCCAGGAGAACCAGUCAGUGGAAAUGAUUGUGUUUAUCUCAACCGAACUUGGUUGACAGCUAAAUGUUCGGAUCUGAGGGGCUCCUUAUGCGUCAAUUCAAGAGGUAACUAUGGCAUAAUAUUACUUGAUCAAAGCUGGUCAGAGGCACAGACUUAUUGCAGACAGAAUUCCCUGGAUCUGGUUACCAUUAGGAGCGCAGAUCAAGAAAUCAGUUUAGUCAAAAUAGUGAUCAAGUAUACCCAUCUUUGGAUUGGUCUGUACCGGGACUCUUGGGAAUGGUCAGACAAAUGGAAUCGCUCCUUCAGAUACUGGGCACCUGGUCAACCAUCCCAGAGUGCAGGAUCUGCUGACUGUGUCGGCAUGUCAAGAAAUGAUUCAGGGCAAUGGGCUCCAUACAGCUGUGAUCUACAGCAGCCGUUUAUCUGCUAUGGAGAUGAUAAGUUAAUCAGAAAGCAGACUGUCAGACUGAAAUUGUCCUGUGAUGGAAAUUGCAAACUGAAUGAUUCUUCACUCCAGACUGCCGUUCUGAAUCAGGUAACCAAAAGGCUGAAGAGCAUGGAGCUGGAAAGUAGCAGCAAAAUAAGCUGGAUAAAGAGUAAAGACGGAGAGGUGUUUCAUCAGCAAAACAACCAUACGGAAAAAUGUCAUGCCAUGUUCAGUCAGAUCCAAAACCUGGAUAUUUUCAAAAGUAUCUGGCUGCAGACUGGCACAGGCAAUCUCAGACAAGCAGUCUUAGACACAUGCAUUAAAUAG